CAAAUGCUUCGCCCAUACGAAAUGGACGAAUUUCAACGCAAAAUUAAUAGCAUUUGCCGGCUGUGCUUGUGCGAUAAUGAAGAUAUUUUAUUUCCUGCUACCAAAAUCAUCGAUUCCACAUUAACAGUAGAGGAUAUCGGACAGUUGGUAGGAGUGCAGCUUAUUCAAAAUCAAAUCAAACGAUACGCUGUGUGCAUCGAUUGUAACAAUCAAUUGCGUAAAUUCAAAGCUUAUCGAACCCUUUGUCUGGACAGUGAUGUACGGUUUAGAAAGCUGUUUCCAGAGGCGUUUAUAGAAGCAGAUUCAUCUGAAGAAGCGUAUACUGAUACGACAAAAAAUUAUGAUAGUUGUAAUGAUGCCAGCGAUGUGUACAGUCCGACGACAAAUGAGGAAACGAUAGAUGUUAAAGAAGAUAUGUAUGAAAUCGAUGAAAGUAUCGAUAAAGGCCCAAGCCUCAUCGACAUACCUCGACAUGACGAUGGCAAAGAAAACACACACAACAGCGAUUCGCACGAAGAACAGUCGAAUCCAUCUUCACCCCAAACUACAGAAUGGCCUGACAAUCAGACAAGUACAAUUGCUUUAACUGCUGGAAACGGCACUCCCCCUGAAAAUGCAAAUACGGAAAUGGCUAAGUAUAAGGAACUUUGUACGCUUUGUGGUAAGCUGGUAGCAUCGAUAGCACAGCACAUGGUGACGCAUACGAAGGAACUAAAAUUUGCUUGCCAGUACUGUGAGAAAAAGUGGAGCCGCAAAGUGUACCUCAAGCAACACAUACGGGGCGUACAUCUUAAACAGGUCGUAAAGACUUGCGAACAGUGCAACAGAGGAUUCAGCUACAUCGAAUCAUACACUGCGCAUAUGCGAGCACAACAUGGCGUUGGAGAAUCAUUUGAAUGCAAAAUAUGCAAUAUAAAAUUCCGUCACAUAGGCGGCUUAAGAGGCCACUGCAAUCGAAAGCACAAUCCGGCAACCAACUGUGAAUGUUCGAUUUGUGGAAUGAAGUUUCUAGACAAAAGCGGACUGAGAGCUCAUCACCGUGUACAUUCGGACGAGAAACCGUAUCUGUGCGGGUACUGUCCAAAACAAUUCAAACGAUCAACGCAUCGUAAAGCACAUGAGCUGAUUCACCAGGGUGUUAAAUUUCCCUGUACGAUGUGUACUAAAGUCUACUCAUACAAGACGCUACUAAACUUGCACAUGAGAAAAUUCCAUACAAUGGAUGAGGAGGCGGAAAAUCCAGAAAAUGAUUUUUGA